AUGACAUACGUGCGGUACCAAUUGCAGAUCCUCAACUGUCAUUGCAGUACCAAUUUCCAGCCAGGUCUCUUACCUGAGAUGACAACAAUAUGCGAUGCGCUUGAAAUAUCUCGGUCAAUCGUUUCAUAUGACCUCCGCGGGUCUGUCGAGGACAUGUUCAGGAUGUAUAAGAAGCGCCGCAUUCAGGCUUUGGAAGUCUUCAAUGCAGGCCGACCAGCCCAAGCAGACGAUAUUGUCAGUCUGUUGUUGUCAACUAAAAGCUGGCAAGGGGAACAUUUGCUGAGGCUGCAAAGAGCCGUCGACUAUUUUGUCUCGACUUUCGCUGCAAGUUUCAAAGUGGGUUCCAACACAGGAGGUAUGUUUGACUGUUCUCUCCCACCUGCAGCUUCAAGCAAGAAUAUGAUCUCGCAUUUCGUAGACCAUCCAGAUCCCUCAAAACCUCUGAAAUUGAUCUCAAAAAAUGAGCUCCGGCGGAUCUACAGAGCUUGCUAUCGCAUCGAGAUCUUUCACGUUGUCUAUCAAGCUCAACAAAAGGAGCAGAACGAGGACCCUGAAUAUUAUGAUCCCCAUCUGACUCCCUACAUUUACGAUUUCGAGUGGGUUCGUCUGUUUCGACUCGCCCUUCGCCCCUGGGAGUUGGAAGAGAUGGUCUGUAUUGAAAAAUCUCUCGCCAGUCACUACGUUACCGUUUGUGAAAGGCUAGCGAGCGACCUAAAGGUCGAUUACCAAUGGAAUGACGGAUCCCUAAAAAUGGUCUCCAUCAAUGAUUAUCGGGUCAGAUCAAAGAUGGUAGUGUAUUGGAUCCAUCGCGGGUUCUGCACUUUUCCAUAUCUGGAUCAGUAUUCGCAAAAGCUGAAGGAAGACCGACACGCACCUCGCCAGUGGGUGACGGCGAGAUCGAGGCUAGAUAUGACGAUUGUGAGCGUCUUUUCCAAGGGGCGUAAAGAUGCUCAAGGCGCGCACCGGCGGGAAAAUCUCUGGAUGCUUGAGCUAGAGUGCUUACCGCUCCCUUUCAAAGGUGACGACGACAUUGAAGGCCCAAAUGCCAUGUGGGUUGAGGUAAACAAGGGCCUUGACCAGCGUUAUCUUUGUAUGGACGAAGCAAAGGACUUGAGGCAUUGGGGUUAUGUCUUCUGGGACAGGUCAAGAUUGGAGUCCUGGGGCUGUUUGGGUACCAGUGGCGAGUGA